AUGGAGUCCGGGCAGCAGCAGCAGAGGCCGUUGUGGCGCGGUUUGGGGCUCCUCGGGGGAGGCGGCGAGGGCCCCGGCCUGGGCUGCGAGCGGAGGCUGCUGUGGGCCGCGUCCCUGCUCUGCGUCCUUCUGGACCUCCAGUUGCCAGGUUUGCUGGCUGCUGGGCAGGCGGAGAUUGAAAACCACUUGGAAAUGGGUCGGAAGCUGUUGGCGGCUGGGCAGUUGGCCGAGGCUCUGUCUCACUAUCACUCUGCGGUGGAAAAUGACCCCAAAAACUACCUUACCUACUACAAGCGUGCAACCAUCUAUUUGGCCAUGGGCAAGUUCAAAUCAGCGUUGCCGGACCUCUCUAAAGCGAUUGAGCUCAAGCCGGAUUUCCUGGCCGCCAGACUGCAACGAGGCAACAUCCUUCUAAAACAAGGAAGCACACAGGAGGCCAAGUUAGACUUCGAAGCUGUGCUCCAGAGCAGUCCAGACAAUACAGAGGCCCGAAGCCAGCUCACACGGGUCACUGAGCUAGAAUUGUCCAUGCAAGAAGCUCGGACUGCCUUUCAGAGGAAGAACUACAUGGGAGCAGUCGGUAUUCUGGAUCGAGCAAUUGAGAUUUCCCCAUGGGAUCCGGAAGCGAAGGAACUGCGUUCUGAGUGCUACUUGUACCUCGGCAACUAUGACAAGGCCAUCAUGGACCUGAAACCUACCACCAAGCUGCGCAACGACAACAGGGCAGCUUUCCUCAAGCUCAGCAAGCUGUAUUACAACUUAGGGGAGCAUGAGGAGUCCUUAAACCAAGUGAGAGAAUGUCUCAAGUUGGACCAGGACGAUAAGAACUGCUUCUCCCACUACAAGCAAGUCAAGAAACUUUCCAAGCAGCUAGAAACUGCUGAAGAACAUGUCAAAGCUCACAGGUAUGAAGAUGCCAUUGAAAAGUAUAAAGCGGCCAUGAAAACAGAGCCCAAUGUGGAGAUCUACACGUCUAAGGCCAAAGGACGCAUCUGCCACUGUUUAUCCAAGAACAAACAGCCUCGUGAAGCCAUAGACAUCUGCACAGAAGCUCACCAGCUUGACCCCAGAAAUAUCUUCAUCCUGCGUGACAGAGCCGAAGCCUACAUCCUGAAUGAGGAGUUGGAGAAAGCCGUUGAGGACUAUCAAGAAGCCAAAGAGUUUGAUAGUGAGAAUGAGGAACUGAAGGAAGGACUGGAGAAGGCACAGAAGUUGCUGAAGCAAUCCAAGAAACGAGACUAUUACAAAAUCCUUGGGAUCCGAAGGAAUGCAAACAAGCAGGAAAUCAUCAAAGCUUACCGAAAGCUGGCCCAGCAAUGGCACCCUGACAAUUUCCAGUCUGAAGAUGAGAAGAAGGAAGCAGAGAAGAAAUUCAUUGACAUUGCAGCUGCUAAAGAAGUCCUAACAGAUCCAGAAAUGAGACAGAAGUUUGACUCUGGUGAAGAUCCCUUGGAUCCAGAAAACCAGCAGGGCGGAGGAGGACACCAGCAUCAGUGGCCCUUCGAAUUCAACCCCUUUGGCACGGGGAACUUCCAUUUUAAAUUUCACUUCAACUAACUUUGGCUCAGCCUUUCACAUGGAGGCACAAACUGUUGCUAAUGAAUAGACUUCCGGGCAGUACUUAGCUAACCAAAAGACUCCAUGAGAGCAUGUCUGUCUCUAGCUGGAAACAACUGCUACAUCAUAGCGGAAGUGGGACAAGAAGGGAUUUCCCCCGCUGUAGACCAACGUCCCUCCAGAUGAUUCACUGCUGACAGGGAACGGGGCCCCGAAGAAAGACAGUGGCAUCUUCCUUUGAACUAUGAGGAACUGAAGCUUGUACACAGGACAUACUUUGCAUGCAGAGCUAUACACGCCUCUGAAAAUCUACCUUUCGCAAUGCCUCCCAUUGAACAGAUGUGGCCAGCCUCUGGCAAAUUGAUGUCUGGAAAUGUAACCUUCUCCCAGUCAUCUCUGUGUUGAACCCUCUUCCCCUUGUAACCGUCAACCAUGUAGCUCAUCUUCAGUCCCAAUGGGGCAAAAGCUCCCUUCUUUCUUUGAAAAAAAAGCAUUUUCCUUCCGUUGAAGUUCUCCUACCCAAAAAGCCCUUGGCAGAAAGUGUAAUGCAGACUAUGGGGUGAUACGGGGAGAUUAAAACCAGAACUGCAACUGCAGUUAUCUUCCUCUGUUGCAAAA